AUGUUGUUUGUUUCGCGUUGUACUAGAUUAUGUCUAAACAUAAUACCAAAACACAAAAAUUGUUUAAUAACUAGAGUCCCUAGUCGAAAUGGAUAUGUUGUAUUGUAAGUAAAUCAGUAGAACAAAUAAUAUUAAUAAUAAUUAAUCACCAAGACCACUGACUUCAUUUGUUUGUAAUUAAAAAUACACAAUUUUAAUAUACCUUUGAAAAACCAAAAUAAUAAUUGUAUUAUAAAAAUUAAACUUCUUUAUUUUAUAACUGUUAUCCAUGAUAUCCAUGUUAUUCAAGUGUUAUCCACUAUAUCCUAUACACCGUUGCUUCAUACAAUAUACCUUUUGUACAAUUAGUUUUAUUGAUUUUGCAGUCAUAUAGUAUUUCCUAUUCAAAUUUUCUUUUCAAAUGUGCGUAUAAAUACUAUAAUAUAUAAUCAAAUAUUACUAUUUUAGAUUGCCAGAAGUCAGCAAAGAUGUAACAGAAAGUCUUUUACAAGUAAAUGCUGAUCAUCCAAAUUUUACAAGUUUGGAUAUUAAGAAAUGUGAAAACACUAUUAAUAAUCAGUUUAUAGAUUUUGAAUGUGGCAUUCGUGACAUUGAAGAUUACUUGAACUCUGGUGAGUUUAUUUUGGUUAUUGUAAACUUAUAAGUAUCUAUAGAAGAAACUAUGGCCCAAGCUAACUAUAGAUUAUAACUUAAUCCAGGGUAGGCAUACCUUUGUUAUGUUAAUAAAAUCUUUGUUGCACAUGAAAAAAUAGACCUGUUCAAUAUUUGGGUAAAAAAAUAAUAAAAAUAUAGGUAGGUACUCGUACUCGUGGGUACAAAUUUGGUAAUAUUAAACCAUAAGCAUUUUGUAAAAUAAAAAAAAUACUUGACUAAGUAGUGACAACAAAUAUAUUAUAUAGAGAUACUCAAUUAGUAAUUAUCAUUACCAAAUUUGUAUCUAUUUACAAUUUAUUUAAUAGAAUAUUAUUAUUAUUAUUAAAAAUAGAAACUCAGAAACUUUGUUCAAAUUUCAUUUACAAUACAAAAACAUUUCUAGAAAAAUAAUCUGAUACGUAAUUUGUAUUAAAAUAUGUUGGUUCUCAUUUAAAAAACCAAAGAUGGUAUCACCACAGGAUAUUAACUCCAUUUUUAACUACACAGGAAAAUCCCAAAAAUCAGAAUUUGAAUAUAUACUUAUGAAUUUAAUCUAACCAUAAAAAUGGAAUUAAACAAAUUCAUCUAGUAUAAAUCAAUAUUUAAUACCUAAUUUAAGUGUUAUUUAAGCUUAUAAACAAUUAACUAUAAACUAACUCUUUUCAGUUGAAUAUGGCGAAUAUGAUUUAUUUAAAGAUGUAUUAGAACCAAUUGAAAAUUUAAGUAAUAAGUUUGAUCAAAUGUGGGCUGUAUUAAAAACAUUAUAUUUAGCUGAUAUGUCAGCAAUGCCACCACGAAUAUACUACCCAAUACAUAAUAAAGCAUGUUUGUCUCAUAUAACAAAAUACAAUAGCAAGCCUAUUUAUGAAGCAUGCAAAGUUUGUACAACAUUUUUCAAUUAAUUAUAAUUUUUUGUAUAUUAGAUAAUCUUUAAUUUUAAUUAUUUUUAGAAAGCUGAUUUGUCCAAAUUAACAGAAGAACAAGUAGCAGUUGUAAAUAAAUUUAUUAAAGAGGGAAAACUUAAUGGACUUGAACUUGAAGAAAAACUAGAUUAUUCAUUUAAAGCAACUAAACAAAAAUGUAGUUUAAAAGAAAAAUACUUUAAAAUUCGACUUGAAGUAAUAUUUACCAAAUUAUUUUUCCAAAGUGUCUUUAAAUAAAUAUUUUGUUUUCAGAUGGCAUGGAGUCAAUUUCAACAAAUAAUUGACAAUCCACAAUUAGUUAAAGAGUUCCCAGAAGAUCUUUUAACUUUAAUGGCGCUUAAUAAGUAAAUGUGUAUUAUACAUGUAUUUAAUUGAAACUUAAUAAAUAUUCAAUUUAUAAUAAUAUUAUAGAGAAAGUCCUAAGAAACGUCCAUGGAAAGUUGCUUUAACAUGGGGAACUGCUGACAGAUUUAUUGAAUAUUGCCCUGAUAGAGAUAUACGUUGGAAUGUUUGGCAAGCUUAUGAAAAGGCUGGUUCACCAGCUGAGGAAAAAAGAGAACUUAACAAUGGUUUAGAAGUUGAAGAAAUUCGGAAAUUAAGGUAAAUUAAAUAUUAAUUUUAAUUUUAAUAACUAUAAGAGAUUUCAUUGUUAUAUUUUUGAGUAUAAAUCUCUAAAACAAUUUUUGUUGGUUAUAUCAUUAUAUAUACUAUUUAUAUUAUUGACUUGAUACAGGUUAUUAUUUUUAUGAGUAAAUUGAUUAAUAUAAUUAUAUCUUUAUGUAUUUAUAUAAAUAAUUAAUUAUUGGUUUUUAAUGAUAGUUUUGUUAAACAUUUUUUAUUUUUUCAAUUAUGAUGUUUAUUUAAAUUAUAGAUUUGAAGCAGCUGAAAAAUUGGGUUUUAAAAAUUUUGGUGAAUUAUCAUUGAUUACAAAAAUGGCACCAUCUAUUUCAGCAAUAGAAAAUACAUUAAUGUCAAUAUUAGAAAAAGGUAUUUUAUUUAAUUUGUCUUCAUUUAAGUCUUUGAAAUAAUACCUAUAGUGUAAAUAACUUUAAUUAUUUGAUAAUUAUGUAUAUUUAUAUAUCUAUAUGUACCAUUAAAAACUAUUGUAUAUUAUGUAAAAAGUAUAUCAUGAAAAUAAUGUUAUUGUAACUAUUUAUUAUUUAUCAUUAUAAAGGUGGGAUAAAUAAAUAAAGAUUAUAAGAGCAAAUUUAUUUACAAAAAAAAUUUUAGCUGUUUGUCUUAACAAUUCUGCAUUGCGUUUCAGUAUAUCAUAUUAACCUGUUGAUUGUUGUGAGUACAUUUUUAUUUAUAUUUAGUUCUUCAUUACAUGAGACCAUGUUAAUUAUUAUGAGUUUAAACAGUUUGUUAGUAUAUCACAAAAUUGUUUAUGCCUAUUAAAAGGUUACACAUAAUUUAAAUAUUUUUUUAUUAACUGAAAAAAUUGGUUUUGAAAGGUCACUGUAUUAUUAUCCCUAUUCUUCAUAACUGACAUGUGUAUACAUUUUUACUUAUGGAGUGAAAAAGGCACUCUGUUCGAGUACAACUUUGUUUAUUUAUAAACAAAAAGUCAAUAUGUACUUUUUGUACUUUAAACAUUAAACUAUUAAAGUAAAUUCAGUGACAGUCAACAGGUUAUAUCAUUAUAUAUAAUACAUAAGCUAUAUUUAAUACAUAAUAGUAACCAUACAUAUGAAUUAUACAUAAAAAUAUCAAUGAUAAAAUAUUAAUAUUUUGAAAAUAAAAAAACAUGUAUUUUCAGCAAGACCAUUACAAGAUAAAGAAAUUGAAUCAUUGCAGACAUUUUCUAGUAAAAAAGGAAAUGAAUACCCUAUUCAAUUGUGGGAUGUUGGUUACUGGGCAAGACUGCAAAAGAAAGAACUUUAUGGGUAUAAAUUAAUGUACAAUUAUUAUUUUAAACAUUAUCAUGUUUUAUUUUUAUUUUAGUUAUGAUGAAGUUUUGUGGUCUGAAUACUUUCCAUUAAACCGUGUCUUGGAUGGUCUCUUUGAACUAUGUAAACGACUCUAUGGCAUACACAUAGUAGAACUCCCAAAUAAAGUUGACCUCUGGCAUUCUGACGUUAAAUAUUAUGAAAUAUCACAUGAAGAUGAACCAACUAUUAAGGCUGGAUUUUAUUUGGAUCUCUGUUCUCGGUAUGUAUCUUACAUUUAAGAUAGUAAAUAUGUAUAUUAAAAUUAUAUUUAACAGACCACAAAAAAUGAAAUCUGUUGGUGAACGAGGUUGGAUUGUUACUCAUAGACCUGCAUCUUCAAUACCAAAAAAAGUACUUCCAUUAUCAGCUCUCAUUCUGAAUUUACCAUCAGCACAAAAUAAAAAUCCAAGCUUAUUAAGUUUCCCUCAAGUGAAAAUUUUAUUUGGAAAAGUAAAUAUUUCAUAUGCAAAUAUGUAAUGUAUUUUACUGAUUUUUGUAUGUAAAAUUAAAUUUAUAGUUUGGUCAUUUAUUACAAAAUGUACUUUGUCAAGUACAUUACUCUGAAGUAUCUGGUUUGAGUAAUGUUGAAUGGGAUGCUGUUGGAAUAACAAAUCAUUUUAUGAUUCAAUGGUAAUCUAUUAUUAAAUAUAGAUAUUUCUCUAAUAAUAAUUUGAAAAUCAUUAUUUCAUCAGGUUAUAUGAUGAAGAAACAUUUGACAGUAUUAACAGUCAUUACAAAACUGGUAAAAGAUUACCAAAUGAUCAACUAACAGCAAUCAAACAACAUAUGGCUGGAUUUAAUACUUGCGAAGAACUCUAUAAAUCUAUGCUUGACAUUAAAAUGCAUACAACGUAAGUAUAAACUCAUGUAUGUUUUAUUUGGCCAAUAUAUUUAUUAUUUAUGAAUUGAAAAUAUAUUAUUUAGUCAUUUUAAUAACUAUUAAAUUAUUUUUUGUAUUAGCCUAUUAAAUAUAAAAUACAUUUCAAGACUGAAGUGUACUUAAAUAUUAUUGAUUGUAUAUAAUAAUUUAUAAUGUAUAAUAUAAAUUCAAUAAUUAUUUGUAUUUUUUUUUUUUUUUAAAUAUUGACAUAGUAAUUUAUAGAACCUAUUCAUAAAACUUCUUUAUAUUAACAUUUUUAAAAUGUUGUAAAUGUAGUAAAUAUUUAUAAUUAAUAUUUUAAAAUUUAAUUAAUGAUUUAAUUAAUAAUUUGACACAUUGCUACAUUUAGAUUAAUUAAAAAUAUUCCUUUUAGGAAAACAAAUUGGAAUGAUUUGGUUAAAGAUAUGUGGAAUGAUUAUUAUGCAUUUCCAUUAAGCAAAUGGAAUAGUUUUCCAUGCAGGUUUGCUGAAGUAAUGUCUUAUGAACAAGGGGCGGCAAGUUACUACUCAGGAAUAUGGUCUAGAAUAAUAGCAGCUGAUGUGUUUCAAUCAUUUAAAUUUCCAGAAGAAACAAUUAAAAAUACAGGACUUACGUAAUAUAUUAAUGUUAUCAUUGAUAUGAAUGUCUAUGUUUAAUAUUUUUAUUCAUUGAUUUCAGAUUUCGUGAUACAUUUUUUGCAUUUGGUGGCAGUUGUCCUACUGGAGAAAUAUUUAGACGAUUUAAAGGACGUGAUCCUAAUCCUAAAGCUUUUAUUAAUGAUCUAGGACUUCAUAAAGAUAGUAGUUAA